UCUCUGUUUUCUCUUGCUUCCAACCACUGUGCUUUGAUCUUCGUCGUGUUCGUGGCUCGAUACAUACAUCCACUGUUUUUUAUCCCUCCAGAGAUUCCGCCUUUUUUUCGUUGUUCAGAAACUUCAUGGUUGUGGUAAACAAGAAGAUUGGGUAGACAAGUAAUCACGAGUGGUGAGAAGAUAUGAGACUAGGGUUUGAUUGCUUGUUAGUUUAAUCAGAAUUUAUGAAUGGUUAAGGUUGAAGUAUUGAGAAGAUUUGUGCUUGCUUUUUAAGUUUGUUAUCUUUGGGUGUUGAAUCUCUCUGCAUUCCAGUUUGAUGGCUGGAGGUAGCGAAGUUAAUAUUAAUGAAGCCAAGACGGUGGUUCCACUCAACACAUGGAUCCUCAUCUCCAAUUUCAAAAUUGCUUACAAUCUCCUUCGCCGGCCGGAUGGCACUUUCAACCGCCACCUCGCCGAGUUUCUAGACCGUAAAGUCCCUGCAAACGCCACCCCGGUUGACGGAGUCUUCUCUUUCGACGUCGUAAUCGACAAAGCCACCAGUCUCGUCACCCGGGUUUACCGACCAGCCCCAACCGAUGCAGCUCAGCCGGGCAUUAUGGAGCUCGAAAAGCCCCUUAGCACUGAUGUCGUCCCUGUCAUAAUCUUCUUCCAUGGAGGAAGCUUCGCUCACUCCUCCGCCAACAGUGCCAUCUACGACACUCUUUGCCGACGACUCGUCGGCAUCUGUGAUGCGGUAGUGGUCUCUGUAAACUACCGCCGUGCACCGGAAAACCGGUACCCUUGUGCUUAUGAUGAUGGAUGGGCAGCUCUCAAGUGGGUAAGCUCCAGGCCAUGGCUACGGAGCGGGAAGGACUCUAAAGUUCACGUGUACUUGUGUGGAGAUAGCUCUGGAGGUAACAUGGUUCAUAAUGUCGCGAUGAGGGGGAUUGAUACGGAUACUGAGAUCUUGGGGAAUAUACUGCUCAAUCCAUUGUUUGGAGGGAAGGAACGAACCGAGUCAGAGAAGAAAUUGGAUGGGAAGUAUUUUGUGGCUGUUCAAGACAGGGAUUGGUAUUGGAGAGCUUUUCUUCCUGAAGGAGACGAUAGAGACCAUCCAGCAUGUAACCCAUUUGGUCCCAGAGGCAUAAAACUUGAAGGUAUCAAGUUCCCUAAGAGCCUUGUUGUGGUUGCUGGUUUGGACCUUGUUCAGGACUGGCAAAAGGCUUAUGUUGAAGGGCUCAAGAAGGCUGCCCAAGAUGUGAAGCUCCUUUACCUAGAGCAAGCCACAAUUGGGUUCUACUUGUUGCCCAAUAACAACCAUUUCUAUACUGUCAUGGAUGAGAUUAAGCAAUUUGUGCGUUCUAACUGUUAAUAGACUUACUUAAAAACUACAGAGCAGCAGCCAUACGUAACAGAAGCUUGACAGGUUACUUGGGGUUUUUUCUUCUUUUUGUUUCUUCUUCCUCUUUAACAUCUCUCUGUGGAGUUUAUAGUGUGCACCGUGCUGCAGUGUAUUAGAUUUGGGGUAGUUCUGCUGCUCUCUACUUACUAUGGUGUUUGUGGUAAAGAUGAGAUCUGUAGAUUCUGGGACUGUUUGUCAGUUGGUUCAGGUGAUGGUUGGGUUCAAUAUGGGAUAAUCCAUCUCAGUGAUUCUGCCAGCUGCAGAUCAGGUUCACCAAUAUGUAUGGCUUAUGGGCCCAAUUAUUCUCAAACUCGGGGUGACUUGGUUUGUAUCACUGAUAGCAGGAGCCACCAAAUUUAAUCUUACCCCUUCUAACAUCCAACCUCAAAGAAGGGGGGAGAAACUGGAGUGUGGGGGUAAUGUUUGGUGGUUGAUCGAUUUGGGGUCGAUCCCUGGAUAAUGUUAUAUGUAUAGGGCUGAUUUCAGGAAAUGGAUGGGGGGACGCAUCCAUUGUGUUGUGAACUUGUAUGCUAUACUCUGUGUUCUUAGAAUUAUCAUAUAAGAAUGCUUUUCUUAUUAUU